UGACUCAAAUUUAUUCCAAAAUAAUAUUUAAAAAUACUUAACAGGUAAAAAUAAUCUCAUAUUCAUAUUCUACAUAUUUUUCUAAUCAAAUUUCAUAUAUAACAUGUUUAAAUCGGAGUUACGGUUUAAAAGAUAUGGAUGAUUUUAAAAAGCAUUUGUUUGACUUAAAUAUGAUCCGUGGAUUAAUUACCUAAAACAUCAGGGGGUUCGAAAAACGUAAAAUAACGGUUCGGGUGUGAUUUAAAUCCGGACGGCGGGUUGGUUUCAAGAAAAGACAGGGACUUUUAUAUAAAAUACGAAAAUAACGAUUUGUUUUAACUUAAAACAGGCCUGCGGGUUGAAUUCUCUGAAAUAGAGGGACUUUUCUGAAAAAUUCCAUGACGGACGAAAGAAACCCAAUUUGCUUUAUUAUUAGGUAAAGAUAAAGAUAUGUGUCCACAACACCUAAAAAUUCAAAACCAAACUCAAAAUACACAUUGAGAAACAAAAAUGAGAAGUCCAAAUGUGAAUAGUAUCAGAAAAGACGAAUUCAAGCCGUUAGAGAUAUUCAGUGAUGAUGCAUGAUGCGUCCUUGUCUGUUGCAUCAUGCGUGAUACAUCAUCUAAUUCUUUUAGAAGGAAACUAACACAAGACUAACACGGCGCCCUCCACCUCAACGCUUCCUCCCUCCAUCUCCUCAACAUCUUCCUCCUACUCCGAGGAGCUCGGCUCGGCGCAAGCGGCGAUGCCCCGCAACCACCUCCAUCGUGAUUUGUGCCUGAUGGGCGGCGAAGAGCUUGGUGUAGUAUGUUGGGCGGCUGCGCACCAUGGUAUGGAUGGCGGGGUGUUCGUUGGUGCUCGCGGGCCGCGUGGGUUGGGGGAUAAUCCGAAGGAAAAUAGGGUGGCGCGCCUAGGGUUUGGCUCUGGCGUGGCGGCGUGCUGCCUUUAUAGCCGGGCGGGUCUAAUCGGGGCGGCGCGCCGGUGGCUGCACCAUGAAUACGGCUGAGAUGAAGAGAAAGGGAUUUGAGGAUAAUUCAUUUCUUUUUGCUCCAAUUUAUUUGACCCGAAUGGGUAAGCUAUGAGGGAUAACUUUUCAAAUAUUUGAGGGAUUAUAGGUUUGGGAGAAGGACUAGUUGGGUUAGUUUCCUAAACGAUCUUUUUUUGCGGGAAUCCUUCCAAUCAAUUCAUCAUCUGUCAUAGUACAAGGAACAUUAAAUAUAAGAAAUUACAUCCAAAUUCACAGACCACCUAACGACGACUACAAACACUAAGCGAUCCGAAGCCGCAUUGCCUUCAUCACCCCUCCCUUAUAAGUGGUGGAAGAAAUUGCUCUUAGACCUCCUUAGCGUUAACCUAUCACAAGAACACAACUAAUUACGUCAGAACCUGCAGCGGACAUAUGGUGAUUGAUGCUUUUGCGCAUAGGCAGACGUAUUACACGAUGACAUAGGAAGCGUCCUUGUCUGAUGAGUCAUGUGCUUGGGACUUCAUCUAAUUUUUAGAAGUAAACUGACACAAGACUAACAAGUCCAGUUUCUUUUUGACUAAGAGGGCGUAGUUAUUAACUUAUUAUUAUACUCCGCGAUGGCUCGUCAGCGGUUGAUCGGUCACUUGGCCAGCCACUUAAUAAUAGGAAGUCAGAAGCUCAGGAAUUGCUCGGACGCCACCCACUCUCAAAUCUCAAUGGAGCUACCACCAUGGGCGCCCUUCCUCGCCGUCGUACUCGCCACCAUUCUCUUCUUGAAGGCCGUCUUCCGCCGCAAAGGCACGUGCAACCUCCCGCCUGGCCCCAAACCAUGGCCGAUCAUCGGCAACCUCAACCUCAUCGGCACGCUCCCGCACCGCUCCAUCCACGCGCUCUCCAGGCAGUACGGCCCGCUCAUGCAGCUCCGUUUCGGGUCCUUCCCCGUCGUCGUCGGCGCCUCAGCCGAGAUGGCCAAGCUCUUCCUCAAGACCCACGACGUGGUGUUCACCGACCGGCCCAGGACCGCCGCCGGCAAGUACACCGGCUACGAUAACAGCACCAUCACAUGGUCCCCGUACAACGCGCACUGGCGCCAGGCGCGCAGGGUGUGCCUCGCCGAGCUCUUCAGCGCCAAGCGGCUCGAGUCGUAUGCUUACAUCCGCCGCGAGGAGAUGUGCGCCCUCCUGUGCGGCCUGCACGAGACCUCCGGGCGCGUCGUGCUGCUCAAGGACCACUUGUCGACCUUGAGCCUGAACGUGAUCUCGCGCAUGGUGCUGGGCAGGAAGUACCUGGAGAAGCAGGCGGUGGGCGAGGAUGGCCCGGCGAUCAUGGCGCCGGAGGAGUUCAAGUGCAUGAUAGACGAGCUGUUCUUCCUCAACGGCGUGCUCAACAUCGGCGACUCCAUCCCAUGGCUCGACUGGAUGGACCUUCAGGGGUACGUCAGGAGGAUGAAGAAGCUGAGCAAGAAGUUCGAUCAGUUCCUGGAACAUGUCUUGGACGACCACAACGAGCGCCGACGCCUCCAGGGUGAGAGCUUCGUGUCACGGGACAUGGUUGACGUGCUGCUGGAGAUAGCCAGCGACCCAAAUCUUGAGGUCAAGCUCCACCGGAAUGGCGUCAAAGCGUUCAUUCAGGACCUCAUCGCUGGCGGCACGGAAACCACGGCGAUCACGGUGGAGUGGGCCAUGUCGCAGAUGCUCAAAAAACCCGAGGUGUUCUCCAAGGCCACAGAGGAGCUGGACCGCGUGGUGGGGCGAGAACGAUGGGUGACGGAGGACGACAUCCCCAACCUUCCCUAUGUGGAGGCCAUCGUCAAAGAAACCAUGCGGAUGCACCCGGUGGCACCCAUGCUGGCACCCCGUCUGGCCCGUGAGGACGCUUCCGUCGGUGGCUACAACAUCCCCGUUGGUACGCGCGUGCUCAUCAACGUGUGGUCCAUCGGCCGCGACCCGGCAGUGUGGGAUUCACCGGAGGAGUUCAUACCAGAACGGUUCGUCGGCAGCAAGAUCGACAUCAAGGGGCAUGACUUCGAGCUGCUGCCAUUUGGGUCCGGACGGCGGAUGUGCCCCGGAUAUAGUCUGGGACUGAAGGUGAUCCAUGUGAGCCUCGCCAACCUGCUGCACGGCUUUGUGUGCAAGCUCCCCGAUGGCGUGGCGACGGAUCAGCUGAGCAUGGAGGAGAUCUUCGGCCUGUCGACCCCGCGCAAGUUCCCGCUACAGGUCGUUAUGAAACCCAAGCUCCAGGGCCACCUCUACGCAAGGGGUCAUUAGUGUAUUGCUGUCCACUUGUUGUGCUUCCCAAGUCUCUUAUUGUGUUCUUGUGUUGCGUACAGUCAUGUGGGAAAAUAAAAAUGGGAAGAUUCGAUGGAUGCUUGUCCAUAAGAUGCUUGCUAAUUAAGGGCAUUUAACUUUUAUAUAAUCCUCCCAUUUGCAUUUGUUUUAUCUCGUUUUGAUGCUUUCGGUGCAGUGCUUAACACAAAAGGGUGUGGCUAGCUCUAAUCUAGAUGAGAAUCAACUAAGUCUCAUCUAACUUCUACAUCAUUUGAUUAUAUAUGGAGACUUGUAUGCGUUUUCCAUUUUCUUUUUAAUUAAUAAAAUCUUAUAGGUUUUA